AUGGUGAAAGAUUUCGUCUUUCCCGGAUCCCUCAUCGGCCUGAUAGUCCGUCGCGCAGAAGGCUCCAGCCAGAAUCGGCGACAUCUCGGAUGGCGUAGGAGGACGCGGCCCCUUCCAGAAAGCUACAACUGGUGGGCCGAGGCCCUCCACGGGAUUUCCAGCGACGGGGUUGGCACCCACUUCGGGCCCCUGGCCCAGGGCGCUACCAGCUUCGCCAACGUCAUCCUCUCCGCGGCUUCCUUCAAUCAGACUCUUUGGAAAAAGAUGGGCCAGGCUGUUUCCACCGAGGGAAGAGCCUUGUACAACAUCGGCUACAGCGUCCUGACAUUCUUCUCCCCGAACAUCAACGUCGUCCGCGACCCAAGGUGGGGCGGACGCAUCGAAACCGCAGGGCCCGAAGACCCGAAGCUCGUCUGGCCGGACUACGGCGUUCAGUUCGUCAGGGGCCUACAGGACGUCGAAUGGGUGACGGAGCAAGAUAUGGUCGAGACGUUCCUCCGGCCUUUUGAGAUGUGCGUGAAGGAGGGUGACGCGAGCAGCGUUAUGUGCUCGUACAACAAGAUCAACGGCGUUCCCUCGUGUGUCGAUACUAGGCUCAUGAAGCAAACGAUCCGAAAUGAGUGGAACCUUCAUGGUUACAUUGUGUCGGACUGCGACUCCCUCGACGCCAUCUAUUCGUACCAGCAUUGGCUCGAUUUCAGCCCAGAGGAAGCAGUGGCUGCAGCAACGAGAGCUGGUCUGGACUUGGAUUGCGGGCUGUUCGGAACAAAUUACCACAAGGAUCACGGCGUUAAAGCAGUGGCAGAGGGAAAACUGGCCGAGAAAGACAUCGACAAUUCUCUCAGGAACCUGUACAUGGUUCUUAUGAGGGUCGGAUUCUUCGAUAACAUUCCGCAAUACGAAAACCUCGGUGUCAAAGAUAUCUGCACACCCGAGAACAUCGAAUUGGCAAGAGAAUCAGCGCGACAAGGUAUCGUUCUCCUCAAGAACGAGCGCAAUACUCUACCUUUGGCAUCGACCAAGGGCAAUAAGAAGCUCAAGGUCGCUGUUGUUGGCCCCCAUGCUCAGGCUACCGAUGUCAUGAGAGGAAACUACGCAGGUCCUCCGUGCCAAAUCACAUCACCUGAGAACGGAAUCUCCAGACAUGUCAACGUGAUCACAAGACUGGGAUGCGAUGAUUUCCGAUGCAAAUCUGCGCAUAACAUCUCUGAAGCCGUGGAGGCUGCAAAUAUCGCCGACGCCACAAUCAUUGUCACAGGACUGGAUCCGUACCAUAUUGAGGGAGAGGAGAAAGACCGAGACAAUCUUCUUCUCCCUGGUUAUCAGACUCAUCUCAUCGAGCAAGUCGCCGAGGCCUCCAAUGGCCCUGUCGUGCUCGUUAUCAUGUCUGGCGGUGGCGUUGAUAUCUCGUUUGCGCAGAACAACCCGAAGAUUGGUGCUAUUCUCUGGGCUGGUUAUCCCGGCCAAGAGGGUGGGCACGCCAUCGCCGAUGUAGUCUUCGGACGAUACAAUCCAGGAGGAAGGCUCCCACUUACAUGGUACACGAACAAGUAUGUAAACUUGCUUCCGAUCACGUCGAUGCGGCUCCGACCAGAUACCGAGCUCGGCUACCCCGGCCGAACUUACAAAUUCUAUGACGGCCCCGAGAUCCUCUAUCCCUUCGGCUUUGGCCUCAGCUACACCGGGUUCAGAUACACAAUCAAGAACUUCUUGGCUGCCGCCACUGCCGCCACCAUCGCCAUGUCCUCCUCCCACCAGAAAUGCAAGAAUGUAACCUACAGGGCCGACACUUUCGGAUUCGCGCCUCCGAAAUGCCAGUCGGUCGUCGUCGCAGACUCUCCCUGCGGUGAGACGAUCAAGAUCGACGUGCAGGUGACGAACACCGGGACGGUCGAUGGGACUGACGUCGUGUUAGUGUACUCGAAACCUCCAGUGGAGAUCGACGGAGCUCCGUUGAAGCAGUUGGCGAAGUAUGAGAGGGUGUUUGUUCCGGCAAAGUCCGCGAAAAUUGUGAAGUUUGAGCUGAAUGCUUGCGAGGCCCUGGGGAUUGUUGACAGCACCGCUUAUGUUGUUCUGCCGGCAGGGAAGCACAUGAUUCAGGUUGGGGAUGGAGAGAAGGCUGUAGGGUUUCCUGUUGAGAUUAAGUUCUGAUGCUGAUAAUUCUUGUUAGCCUACUGGCUUCAGUGAGCUUACUAUUCAACGAGCAGUUGAAUAUUUUGUGCACAAUUUGUAGUUUUGAUUUAAUAAAUGCUAAGAAGUGAUUAUCUGACAUGGCUGUUGACAGGA